AGGAAAGAAUAGAGACAACAUUAAACAAGUAACAAACACACACAGACACAGUUGUCUCCCUUUCGAUCCAUUGGAACUUCCAAAGAGCCUUUAAUCAGAACUCCAUCAACGUUCUUCUUCCAAAGAAGAAGACGAAGAAGAAGAAGAAAAGCAAACUCCAUCAACGUUCUUGGGAGUACGCAACACAGCACAAAACCCCUUCGCAAAAUUCACCAAUAGAUCUACUCCUAACACCACAAAGUUCCUUCUUUUCCCUCUUCCAUUGCAGAAUCUCCUUCAUUCACUUCAUGGAUGUGCGGUUGUUGAUAGUGUAUAAAGCUUGAGGAGAUUUGCUGCUGAGAAGCAUGGCUGACAUAGCAGGUUUACUUGAGGCAGCAGGAUCAAGGUUCAGUGCAUUGGAGCUUAUUGGGCAGGGAUCAUUUGGUGAUGUCUAUAAAGGGUUUGACAGAGAGCUUAACAAAGAAGUUGCUAUCAAAGUAAUUGAUUUGGAAGAAUCGGAGGAUGAAAUUGAUGAUAUUCAGAAGGAAAUUUCUGUUCUGUCACAAUGCCGAUCUCCAUACAUCACUGAGUACUAUGGUUCCUAUCUCAAUCAAACUAAACUCUGGAUAAUAAUGGAAUACAUGGCUGGCGGCUCUGUCGCUGAUCUACUUCAAUCCGGUCCUCCACUGGAUGAAACAUCCAUUGCUUGCAUUCUACGUGACUUGCUACAUGCAAUUGAUUACCUACAUACUGAAGGAAAAAUUCAUAGAGACAUUAAAGCUGCAAACAUUUUAUUGACCGAGAAUGGUGAUGUAAAGGUUGCAGAUUUUGGUGUUUCUGCGCAGCUCACGAGGACCAUUUCAAGGAGAAAGACAUUUGUAGGAACACCUUUCUGGAUGGCACCAGAGGUUAUUCAGAAUUCCGAAGGAUAUAAUGAGAAGGCAGAUAUCUGGUCUAUGGGGAUCACUGCAAUUGAGAUGGCAAAAGGGGAGCCUCCACUUGCCGAUCUUCAUCCCAUGAGAGUGCUUUUUAUCAUACCUCGAGAGAAUCCUCCGCAGUUAGAUGAGCAUUUUUCUCGUCCCCUGAAAGAGUUCGUUUCAUUGUGUUUGAAGAAGGUUCCUGCUGAGAGGCCAAGUGCUAAGGAACUUCUCAAACACCGUCUUAUUCGGAAUGCUAGGAAGAGUCCAAAGCUUGCAGAAAGAAUAAGGGAGCGUCCAAAGUACCACAUAAAGGAUGAUCCAGGGGCGGAUGAUCCGGGGACUGUUAAAAAGGUCCCAAGAGGGAUGGGUGAGGCUUCUGAUACUAUGAAGGUGUCUAGAGAUGUUAGAGCUGAAGAAACUAGUAGAACCAGUGGUCAGGGUCAAACUGUAAAAAGUGCUGGAUGGGACUUCAACAUUGGUGGAUCACAAGGCACUGUUCGUAGCGGUACUGUUCGUAGUGUAGCACGACCACCUGUUUCACAAAAUCAGGUUACCCAAAGAAAAGCUCCGGAGAGUGGCUAUCAAGGGGGAACUGUGAGUAGAAGUGCACUAAACGAGUCAGUUGAAAGUUCACUCGGAAAGGAUCUUAGAGUUACAUAUCAUGAUGAGGAUCCGGAUGAUCAUCUUGAAGAUGAUGAAGGGAAUGGAUCAGGAACUGUCGUUAUUCGAUCUCCAAAAGCAUCAAGGCCAUCAGUAGUUCGUGGCCAAAGCUCCCAGUCUAGCAGCAGCUAUGCUUCUCUUGAAGAUGCUUCUACCAGUGGAACUGUUGUCUUGCGUAACCAGAACGAUGAUUCUGAUUCUUCACAAACACCUAGGUCCCGCAAGGGACUUAACGACAGAAAUUCUAUUACUUCACUGGAAGAUAGUGCUGCAAAUCUUGCUGAGGCAAAGGCUGCUAUCCUAAGGAAAGCAAAUGCUAAAGAGAGAAAAUUCAACAAUAUACAAGAAAGCAAGAGAGACCAAAUGGCAGGCAGUUCUGAUUCUUCAAGAUCACAUCAUGAAUACCAUGAUCCUCAAAAGGGCAUGUCAAGAUCACAAUAUGCCAGUGAUGAUGAAGAGAGUGCUAAAGUUAUGUCAUCCUCUGUGCCAUUAUCAGUUUUGCUCGCUCCUUCACUAAAAGAGACCAUUGCUAAUGAUCCAGAAGGGGCAAUCGUGCGAGCGGUUAUCAGUUCUCUCGUAAACAUGGAGGGCACAAGGCCAAGAUCCUGCGAUGUUCUUGUCAGAAAGUUGCUUCAGCGGUUGGCAAGUUCAAAGGAAGAUUCAUUGAAGGACCUGCAGGAACUAGCAGGCCAACUAUUCAGCAAGACCAAGGGAACCGGAGACACGCGAAACACCGAAGCCGAUAGCCGGAGGAAACAACAGAACAAGGACAUCCAUCAAAAUAGCAAUUUGAGCCCACUAGCCAGAUUUCUUCUCUCAAGAUGGCAGGGUCAAAGCUCACGUGAUCUAAACCAAUCUUGAGGAGAGUUAUUACAAAUUAUAUUGUGUUUCAACUCGCUGUUUAUGCAUUUAUUCUAAUUAAAAUGUACAUAUAUCAUUGUAACAAAUUGUUCCCCCCCCCCCCCCCCCCCUUUUUCUAUUUAUUAUUAUUAUUGUUAUAGAAAAAGUUUUGUCUUCUAGUCAUAAUUACUUCAAAGCUGUAUAAUUGGAGGGUUUUCUUAGGUACAUCCAAAUUGUAACUGACUAAUAUGUCUAUUGCAUUUUGGGAUAAUAAUCCAAUACCUUUUAUUCUUUUUCA